AUGUCCCCGCAGCCUGGAGAUGAUGUUUCGUCGCCGGACUCCCUACGCCCCAGCGGCAUCGCCAGCGUUUUCCGGGGUCUGACCGGCUCCAAGUCGUCGACCAAGUCUCCGCCGCCGCUCUCGUCGUCGGCCGCGGCGCUCCCGAGGACCGACUUCAUCCAUGCCACACCCAUCAGCUCUCGCGGUCUGUCCGCGAACCACAUGGACGCCUUCGAGCAGUUGAAGAAUGGCAGCCCAGCCGAGCGGAUCGCCGCAGCCAAUACUCUCAAGUUCGCCAUCACCGAAUAUCCGCUGAAUCCUGUCCUGGACAUAUGGUACGCCGCCAAGGACCUCAUCGAACCAAGCAAGCCGACGGCGAUGCGGCAGGCCGGCUGGGAGUUGUUGACGGAGUGUGUCAAGCAUUCCUCGUCGACAGACCUGGAGCGAAAGGAAUACUUCCAGACGAUAGCCGCGCCGGCCAAUCCUGAAGACUUCCAUCUGCAGCUUGCUGCGCUGGUGGACCUCACUCAUCGAGGCCGCAUACUCGCCGGGUUUGACUAUGAGCUGCUUCCCCUGCUCACAAAGUGGCUUCAAGAAGCUUACAAUGCCGCCCGUGCCGCCCGGAAGGCUUCGCAGGCCACUCGUGGGCAGAGGACGUCCAAGAACAAGGCUGCAGCAACCGGAGAGGAUCAGAACUUUGCGCAGCUGUUUGCCUUCAUUAUGGAUGUCAUCAAGUUUAACUUCAACACUGCGGAUCAAAACUCCAUUACAGGCUUGAUUGAUCGUCUGCUCGGCAUCUGCAUGAGCACCAGCGUUGAGGAGGAUCUGCGUUCUUGUAUAUCCGCCAUCGAUGCCAUCGUGACCUUUGGCUCUGUUCCUACGAGCAGACUGAAGAGCACCAUCCAGGUUCUCAGUUCCAUCUUUUGUCUGGUUCAUAGCCUCCACAAAGAGUCGUGGCACACCCUGGCGAACCUCUGCAAGUCGCACAACGGCCAAGCGGCAGUCCGGAUCCUGCUCGAUGUCCUGCGCAACCCGUCCCUGGACGAAGUCAGCAACAAGGAUAUGGGCCGUGAUAUCAGGGGCGCGCUUGCUGUUUUACAAAAGCUGCUCUCCAAGACGACCGAAAAGGGCUAUCCCACUGUGCCGUAUGCCCUUCUCGUAGACGGCUUAGCAAACACCCUCAAGAUCUCAAACUCGCCCAGAAUUUAUCACGCGAUUCUCCAACUCAUCAACUCGUUGUUCAACGACGGAAACGGGCAGCUACAUCGCCUGGUACUUGACGAGGACUGGUCAGUUCCGCUAGAUACGGCUGCGGAAUGUUAUCGCAGGAUACAAGAGAAUCCUGAUCCGACAACGGGCGCCCGGGCGAGGGACGAUUCCAUGGAUGACAACAUCAAACACGAGCUGCAGCUGCUCAUCGCUCGGCUAGACCAACUGGUGACCCAAAAGUCGGGCGAUUUCGUUCCUCGACAGACCGUCGUCAAGUUCUUCACCGAUGUGCACCGACUCCUUCCCGAUAACACGGCACGUACCGUGCUCGACUACUUCCAAGAGUUUCGAUGCUGCUCCCCAUCAGAUCUUCGGUGGGAAGAGAACCUGACUCUGGUGCUCGAUGGGUUUUUCAGGAACCGUAGCCGCUCCUCAGAGACGCGACUACGUGCCCUGCAGACGAUGAUGGAUGCUUACGAGAUCGUUGACUUGGUGGGCGACGGAGAUGAGCAGGACUUUAUUCCUCGCCUUGCCAAGAGCAUCCUCCAGGACGUCACCGAGGAAGUCGACGUCCUGGUCUUGGACGCCAUCAUCUCGUUCAUGACCUCGGUAGUCGUUGCAUGUGAUAUAGACCUCUUUGACUUUGUUAUCAACGCUUUGCGAGUAAUAGUGGUCAGCGACAGUCUGAGAUCGCCCAUUGCAUCGCACACGUCGCCGCUCGUGCUCUCGAUUCCACCAGUCGGCAGUGCAGAGUCCACCGAGCCAGCAUCAAUAGAGCAGUCGCCCUCCAACGUCGUCACGAGGGGAUACGUCCGCAUGUUCAUGCGACUCAUGAACUUCCACAACGACAAAAGCGUAAAGCUCUUCAAUGUGCUCGUCAGCAUCGCGAAGUUGGAUCAUUGCGAAGUAGAUGCUCGGCUGACGGCAAUGAAGCUGCUCUUCAGGCUCCGUGCUGACUGGGCGGAUCGUGUCUUCAUCACCAACAACCUGGAUGCCAUGUCUACCGCCACCACUCUGCUUCGCACAGAGGGCUCGCUCGCGAAGAAGCAGGCUGAAGAAGUCGCGAAUACGGCUCGUCUGUCCAGAGGGGAUAUUGGCUUGCAGUCUCGCACGUCAACACGCGGAGCGUCUAUUGGUCAGAGCCGGGCUGGACAGCGGCAGGGCUAUAUGUGGAAAUACCCCGACCCGAACGCACUGCCCGACGCUAUUCCGUCCAUGAUUAGCCCGGUCCUCAGAUCCCACCUCCACAAGGAGGACGAAGCGGAAGGGGAGGGGCAGACGGCCGAGAUGGCACAAUACCAGCCUUGUGCUCUCGAUCUUUCGGCAUGGCUGGACACGGUACUGAGUAUGCUUCAAGGAUGCGAUUGGGAGAUUUACAGCUUCGUCUUGGUGCAUCUGCCGUCGCAGCUGAGCAACCAUGCCAUCUUUAGGGAUGCCAUACCGCAGAUACAGGAGCUUCGCAGGGUGAUCUGCGAACAGAUUCGGCUCAACAGCUUUCAGGAGCCUCCCAAUGCCUUGGGCCUCCGCCGAGCUGACAUUGCGAUUUGCCUGUAUCACAGCUUGACCAUGAUUCUCAGCUACCACGAGCACUUCCAAAAGGCCGAGGAAGAUGAGAUCGUGAAGAUGUUUGUUCAUGGAAUAUCGACUUGGGAGAGAGCCGCCAAAUGUUGUAUACACGCCCUGUCGAUAUGUUGCCAUGAGCUGCCUCUGUCAACAAGCAGGUCUCUGAUUCAGAUGCUCAACCAGAUGGCGGCCAUCAUCACGCAGCCGUUUGUUUCAGUCCAUAUCCUGGAGUUCCUUGCUUGCUUGAGUCGACUGCAUAAUGUGUAUGUCAACUUCCGGGAGGAUGAGUUUAGGAUUGUCUUCGCCAUCUGCUUCCGAUAUCUGGAAUAUGCCAAAGACAAGAGACAGGUCCAGCGUAGCGCUCUGUCGAGCGAGCUACCAACUCCUGUUGCUUCAUCAGUACAGUCUCCAUCAGAACUGUCCCAGCCUCCGACGGAUGAUCUACCGCAAUAUGUCCACGCCCUGGCCUACCAUGUCAUCUUGUUCUGGUUCCUGGCGCUCAAGUUGCCUGAUCGCGCCAACCAUGUUAGCUGGAUCGUCAAGAAGCUAUUUGCGGACGCUGAUGGCCUCCAUCAGGGCCCAGACGACCACGCCGUUACAUCAAUCGACUUCAUGCAGAGGGUCACCUAUGCCGACGUCGACGAGUCAGCCGAAGAUCCAUACUUCACGGAGGACCGCUUUGGUGACAUAGCGGUGAAGCGAUGGCUGGUUGGCAAUAGCAUUGUCACCGUCAAACAGGCCACGGUAUCCGGAUGGGCGCAGAUCAUCAAGAGACAACCCUCAGGCACUUCGGCAUACACGGUCCGCGAGUCGUAUCGGCCUCCUCCUCCUCAUCAGGUGGAGAACCAUGUCGACAUUUCGAGAGAGGGCCAACCCACGUCCAACCUGAUUCUUCCCAGUCAUCUGCUGGUACAACUCAUGUCUCCUAUUCCGCAGACGCACGACUCCGCGCGGCCCAUUCCCUUGCCAGACGAUGAAGCUACUGGCAGGACCAUCAGGGUCUUUGAUCGCCUGUCCAGCCUGGACGGACACAAGGUCGGUGUCAUUUACAUUGGCGAAGGUCAAACCGAAGAGGCAGAGAUCUUGGCGAACGUAUCGGGGAGCAGCGACUACAUUGAAUUUCUCAACAACCUUGGGACUUUGACCAAGCUCAAGGGGGCAACCUUCAACACGCAGGGCCUGGACCGCGAACAUGACACCGAUGGACAGUAUACGUUCUGCUGGAGAGACAGGGUGACUGAGAUUGUCUUCCACGUCACAACGCAAAUGCCGACGAAUCUUGAACGGGACCCGCACUGCAUUGCCAAGAAGAGACACAUUGGCAAUGACUUUGUCAACAUCAUCUUCAAUGACUCUGGCCUCCCAUUCAAGUUCGACACUUUCCCAAGCCAGUUCAACUGCGUCAACAUUGUCAUAACGCCCGCGUCACCGGCUUCGUUCCUGGCCACCAGAGAGGCAAACCCCGAGCAAGCGCACAAGAAGAAGUUCUACACGGUACAGGUGAUGAGCAAGCCGGGCUUCCCUGCAAUCUCGCCCGCGUCUGACACCAAAAUGGUCUCGCUCACGGCUCUGCCCGCCUUCAUCCGGCUUCUCGCCCUGAAUGCGUCCGUGUUCGCCCAUGUGUGGCACAACCGCGAGGGCGGCGAGCACAUCAGCUCCUGGAGCGGUCGUCUUCGCGAGAUUAAGCGGCUGCGAGAGAAGCACGGCCCGAAAGCUGGUUCUGUGUCACUGGCUUCACCCCCAACGCUUCUCACUACUGCCACACCGGUCCAGUCGCCGCCAUUGCAGCCAUUCCAAGACUUGGCUCAGCCGGGGGGAGUAAGCAGCGUCCGAGAUAGUUUCAACAGCUUGCGCAGGACGAGCGUGGCCACAUUCUUCACCAACACGAGCGAGCAGACGUCUCACCGAUCGUCGAUAUUGUCGACGGCGCCGACGAAUGACACCGAAGUUGGGAUGAAUGGGCUGGACUCGCUUGUCGAGGCGGUUGACUUUUCCAAAUGGGGAUGA